UCCCGCGCUUGCGCACUGCAGCGGCGGCCAGCGGCGGGGCCAGCGCGCGGAGGGCCAUCUAGCUAGUGUGAAGGCCGGUGCGGCCUCGAGCCCCCGCCACCAUGAGCGGGACCUUAGCGAAGAUCGCGGAGAUCGAAGCCGAGAUGGCUCGGACUCAAAAAAACAAGGCUACAGCCCAUCACCUUGGACUGCUUAAGGCUCGCCUUGCUAAGCUUCGAAGAGAACUCAUCACUCCAAAAGGUGGCGGCGGUGGUGGGCCAGGCGAAGGUUUUGAUGUGGCCAAGACAGGUGAUGCUCGAAUUGGGUUUGUGGGUUUUCCAUCUGUGGGGAAGUCAACCCUGCUAAGUAACUUAGCAGGAGUGUAUUCUGAAGUGGCAGCCUACGAAUUCACUACGUUGACCACAGUUCCUGGUGUCAUCAGAUAUAAAGGUGCCAAGAUCCAGCUCCUGGAUCUCCCAGGUAUUAUUGAAGGUGCCAAGGAUGGGAAAGGAAGAGGUCGUCAAGUCAUUGCAGUGGCCCGAACCUGUAAUUUGAUCUUGAUUGUUCUGGAUGUCUUAAAACCCUUGGGACAUAAGAAGAUAAUUGAAAAUGAGUUGGAAGGCUUUGGGAUUCGCUUGAACAGCAAACCCCCCAACAUUGGCUUUAAGAAGAAAGACAAGGGAGGCAUUAAUCUCACAGCCACUUGUCCUCAGAGUGAACUAGAUGCUGAGACCGUGAAGAGCAUUCUGGCUGAAUAUAAAAUCCAUAAUGCGGACGUGACUCUGCGCAGUGAUGCCACAGCUGAUGACCUCAUUGAUGUGGUUGAAGGAAACAGAGUUUACAUUCCAUGUAUUUAUGUAUUAAAUAAGAUUGAUCAGAUCUCCAUUGAGGAGUUGGAUAUUAUCUAUAAGGUGCCUCACUGUGUACCCAUUUCUGCUCAUCACCGCUGGAAUUUUGAUGACCUUUUGGAGAAGAUUUGGGACUAUCUGAAACUAGUGAGAAUUUACACCAAACCCAAAGGCCAGUUACCAGAUUACACAUCUCCAGUAGUACUGCCUUAUUCUAGGACCACGGUGGAAGAUUUCUGCAUGAAGAUUCACAAAAAUCUUAUCAAAGAAUUUAAAUACGCUUUGGUCUGGGGUCUCUCUGUGAAACACAACCCUCAGAAAGUGGGUAAAGACCACACAUUGGAAGAUGAAGACGUCAUCCAGAUUGUGAAGAAGUGACAUCCUGUUCCCAUGUGCUGGCUGGCCACAGCAGUGUCCUUCCGACCACGCACCUUCCUCUGCCCCUCCCGUCUUCGGCAGCCUCUGGAUUAGGACACAGGGAUGGAUAUGGAGACUUCCAAACUGACACGCAGCUUGUUUUUGUUUUGUUUUUGAGUUAGUCUCUCAUGCAUUUCAGGCUGGCUUUGGACUCCUUGCGACUGAGGCUUGCCCAACAUUCUUUAUUCAUCAGUCUCUAUCUCCCAAGUGCUGGGCCUCCUACUGUGUCCUUGUAACACCUCAGCAACAUCACCUUCCCUACUUUGGUGUCCCUUGUAUUGAAUUGUAUAAAAAACCUGGUGGGCCCGUUG